ACGACUUUGUGCAGGGUGAUAGCGAUGGAGGAGCGUUGGUUCAGGCGGCUCCUGGACCGUUAACAAACGGACAGAACGAUGGGGCCGCUGCAUUCAGCAUAUGGACGGAAAAGCUUCGUAAAGAUGUUCGGUGCCGGCUCCAGCGGGAGAUUUCCAAAUUGCAGACGGUGAAAUUAUUGAUGGAAUUCUUUGAGGAGUGACUUGUGCUGUGGAUAAAGGGAGCCUGAUGAUCUCUUGUUCUUGGCUUUCCUGAAGGCAUUUCACAAGGUACCAUGGAAAAGGAUAUUAGAAGGAGAGAAUUUACAGUCGGGAAACUGCAACCGAUCAGGAUUUCAGAGUGGCCCAAUUUGGUGUAACCUGAAUCUCGUUGGGUUUUGAACAUGGAAGGAGAAUACACUGUUGACAGCGGUGAGAAACUGUACAUGUGUGACGUGUAUGCACGAGCGUUCAGCCGAUCAUCUGACCUCUCGAAACAUAAACGGAGUCACAAGGAGAAACUGUGGAAAUGUGGGGAUUGUGGGAAUGGAUUCAGAUCCUCGACUGAACUGGAAAUUCAUCGGCGCAGUCACACUGGGGAGAAACCAUUCUCCUGCUCUGAAUGUGGCAAGGGAUUCAGUCAGAAAUCCCACCUGCAGAGACACCAGCGAGUUCACACUGGGGAGAGACCAUUCUCCUGCUCUGAGUGUGGGCAGGGAUUCACUAAUUCCUCCAACCUGCUGAUACACCAGCGAGUUCACACUGGGGAGAGGCCGUUCAUCUGCUGUACGUGCGGCAAGGGAUUCACUUUGGCUUCCAGCUUCCAGCCUCCAGACUCAUCAACGAAUUCAUACUGGGGAGAGGCUAUUCACCAGCUCCUAGUGUGGGAGGGGGAUUCCCUGACACAUGUAGCUUGAUGACACAUUGGUGAAUUCACACUGAUGAGAGAGUGUUUACCUGUUCCUACUGUAGGACAGUGUUGAGUCAAUUCAGAUAAACGACUGUACAUCAGCAGACUGCCUGUGGAGAAGCUGAGUGAGGGGAUUCACUGAAUCUGCCACCUUUUGGACAGUUCACACUGGGGAGAGGCUGUUCACUUUCUCUGUGUCAGGGAAGGGAUUCAUUGAGUUAUGAAAACUGCUGAAAUGUCAGUGAGAUCCUGAGUAACUGCUGUGAUGAAGGAUGUAUAAUUUAUAUAAAUUCCAGAUGGAAGUUGGCUUUUAUAAUAGUGACACUGAAUUUGGUUCAUUUUCUGAAAGUUUUCUUUGAAAGAAAAAGUGUGAAUCCUUGUGAAACAGUGACCUUCCUCCAGCACUGCUCAGAAUGCAAGUGGCUGUGGAGCCCCAUGUGGAGUGAAUGGGAAAUUGUUUAGACUCUUGUUGAUUUGCAAUGGAUGAGCAAACAUCAAAGGACAUCAUCUUGUUUUCAGUUCAGAGUAAUCAAGGAUUGAUUCUUCUUUAUAAACCCAAGGUUAGAAGGUAUUUUGGGGAUAAUGGGAACUGCAGAUGCUGGAGAAUCCAAGACAACAAAAUGUGAGGCUGGAUGAACACAG